AUGGCGGCUGCGAACCAGCAGCCACCAUGCACGCCAACCAGAAUCACUAGGCAAAGUGCAGCCAUGCCUUCGCCUGCAGGCCGUCCAUCACCUAGGCCAAGACAUCCCUUGCCUCCUAAGAACACUUUGAAAGCCAACCCAAAACCAAAUGUCAUUUCUAGUAGCAGCCAACUGCAAGGCCACCUCACUACAAGCGGUAGCCACACCACAGAAACUACAGACACAGUGACUACUCCAAGAGUCACUAGGACUAGUCCAGCCAUGUCAUCACCUAUUCCAAACACACAGCCUAGUCCUCCUAGAUAUACCAGGAAAAGUGUAGCCAUGUCUAUGCCUGGUGCAAACACAGUACCUAGUCCUCCUAGAUUCACCAGGACCAGUGCAGCCAUGUCUGCGCCUGGUGCAAACACAAUACCUAGUCCUCCUAGAUUCACCAGGUCCAGUGCAGCCAUGUCUUCGCCUGGUGCAAACACUGAGCAUAGUACUCCUAGAGCCACUGCUACCCUAUCUCAGCAACCUACUCCCACAACUAGUGUUAACCAAGCAGUUCAUGUAGACACCUCACCAGGUGGACAGAGCUCUAGGCAAAGCAAUGGCAUCAAUGAGUCAGCUGAGCAAUUUGAUGCCGCUAAUUCAUCGGGUCAUACAUAUGAAGGAGAACCAAGAGAUGACUUAGUUCCAGCGCCCCCAAAGAAUGUCCGCAAGAAAACCAUGGGUCAUGGCUUAGAGAAGAUGCUAAAUAGAGGAAAGAAGCUGGCUAUCCAAGCAGCGAAGCUGGCAUCAGAAACUGGUGUUGCCCUUAGAGACAACAUGCCCAUCUACACAUCAUGGAAGCUUUAUGACAAUGAUGAGGGAAAGGCAGAAGUAAAAAAAGUGCUUGACAAAGUGGCGUCAAGGUUGGAUGUUGAUGUUAAGAAUGAGGCACCAAGUAAAGCUGCAUGCACUGAUAUCAUUAAGAGGGGAGUAAGGCAGAUGAGGUAUCACCUGAAAAAGAAGUACUUCGACGAGUCACUGACAGAAGAACAGCUACUGGCAAGCAACCUCCACCUAAAAUGA